CGCUCGAAAGAACAUCGGUCGUCGAUACGAUCAGACUAGUUCAGAGGUGUACUGGAUACCGUGCUUGGGGGCACAAGCCUAUUUACGCUGCGGAGGAGGAGAGCCUUCAUUUAACGAGACAUUUUUACUCCUAGUUGUACGAGACUGCAAGGUGCGUUUCAAUUGACUCUCAGCCAUGAUGAUGUCUGGGGUGGCCUCUGGGCUCGUCCGCCGUCUCGUGCCCGCAUGCGGGGCGCGCGCGUGCAGCUCGAGCCCGCCCAGCCACUGGACGCACCAUCUGAAGUCGCGGGGCGUGCUGCGCGUGCGCGGCCCCGACUGCGCAUCCUUCCUGCAAGGCCUUGUCACCAACGACAUGCGCCACUUCGACGACGGCGCGCGUGCCAUCUAUGCUAUGAUGCUCAACACCAAAGGCCGCGUGCUCUUCGACCUGAUCGUGUACCGGCACGACGACGACCGGGGCUUCCUGCUGGAGGCCGACCGCACACUGGUCAGCAGCCUGCAGAGCCUGCUCAAGAUCUACCGCGUGCGACGUAAGAUCGACGUGGACGACGUCUCGGAGCAGACGGCCGUGGUGGCCGUGCGCGAGGCGGGCGGGCUGGACGGCGAUGCGCCUGCCGGCUCGCCCGACUGUACCGAGCACGGCCGGGGUGCCGACGAGAUCCCGCACGCGGCCUGCACGCCGCUCGAGUACAGCGCCGACUUCCUGCACGGCGUCAGCUUCCACAAGGGCUGCUACGUCGGCCAGGAGCUGACGGCGCGCACCCACCACACGGGCGUUGUGCGAAAGCGCGUCAUGCCGCUGCGGUUCGCGCGCGCGCCCGGCGACGCGGCGCUGGGCGGCGCCCUGCUGGGCCCGGCCGGCGGCCGGCCUCUCGGCAAGGUGCUGGCCGUGAGCGGCGAGCACGGGCUCGGCCUCCUCCGCGUGGCCGAGAGCCUGGCGUCCGCGCAGAUGACGCUGGAGGGCGCUGACGGCGAGGUGACUACCCAUCGGCCCUCCUGGUGGCCGUUGGAGGCGGCGCGGGACCCCAAGGCGAAGGCUGCCUAAGUUAGCCCGGCGUCACCACUCCGCGCUGCUGCGCGUUUGCGGCGCGAGCGGCGCUCGUGGUGGAGGGAGAGGAGGGUGUCGUGUGCCGGUCAGAUAAGUGGAAUCGCCGGGGCCGGGCCGGGUACGGUACUGAAUUGUCCUCCGAGCUAGUCACGUUUGCCAAUCUGUCGAAAAUGCCAGCCAGUUGUCAGGAAUGCACAGGCCGAACCCAGCGGCUUCAGCUCCAGUGUGGGACUCUGUGUUCUGCUGUCGCCGCCGCCGCCGCCGCCGUCUCCUCAGUUCUCAGCUCCGCUUGUGAGGCCCUGCCGUGCUACCGAGACGUCGCCUCACGGAUCGGCUCCUUGCGCCUCGCACAGCACUCUCACCAUGGGUCUGGAUGGACUGGACUGGACUGUCCGGACCCUGCGAGCCACUUGGCUUCUGCGGCUUGGUCAGGGGCAGCUAUUGCACGAGGGUCGGUGUCUUGUUCCGCCCGUCUGCCAGCGGCGCCCCCGAUCCGGUCGACGGCAUCACUUCAGACGCGACCCCUCCGUAGAUGGAGCCGCUUCGUGACUGAGGGCGGCUUGCGUGGGCUGAAGUGUAAAUCUCAACCACAAGAUGGCAGCACUGUGGCGUUGGUAGCAAGGCGCGGCAAGAGAUGGCGUGGCGGCCUCUGCGGCGGCGAGGUUUUGGUGCGUGCGGCUCGGUUGACGUUUGCCUGCGAACUGGACACGUGAUAACAGUGACUAAACGGAUAUUAGUCAUAUUCAUCCCAAGAUGAAUGAACAGCAUGGUAACAUGAACGACCGGAAGUGACGCGGCAGCUGCGGGGUGGCCUUUCCGGACGAUUUCAACGUGACGGCCUGUUUACUAAAAGCGGAAGUUCCCAACGAUCUGUGAUGCGCUCAAGUGUGUGGAUCAGAGGCGCGCUGGCGGCUGACGGAGCCGAGACCGGGCAGCCUCGGCUCCCGGCACGUCUCUCGGCUUCGGCUCCGGGGGCCGCAGGCGCCUGGGCGGCGGCGGUCGUCGGACCGCGACGGCUUCAGCGAACACCGCGGCGGCCUGCUUCCCCGCCGCCGUCAUGUUUUCCGUGUCGUCAGCUGGCAGGGGGACUGGCGGUAUGCUGUUUUUCUGGUUGCUCCGCCCUAUUGCGUCAUGCUCCGGCUCCGGCCGGCCGCGUGUUCGCCCCCGUGCGAUCCGUAUGCGGCCGGCAGUCCGCCGCGCGGGCUGAAUACUCGUUUGGUUGCAAU